UCAUUGAUAUCGGAAACUUGAAGCCCAUCAAAUGGAUGAUGGAGUGAUGAAAGAGGUUCAAGGUUCAAAUGGUCCAUGUUGUGUGUGUGUUAUGGAGAAAUCCAUUUCCCCAGUGCAGCCUCAGGUCUAAUUGAAGCUCCAAAUUCAGAUGGAGGUUCCAUUCUUCGUGGCGCUGGCGGGUUCCUGACAGGCCUAAACUGACUCGCUAUAGCGCCCGCAAAACAGCCCUGGAGCCCUGGAGGCUGCAAUCAAUAGCGACCCCGCCAUCCAUCGGCUCCGGCCGCCUCAAUCCAUUGAUUGAAUUCAUCCCUCCAUGCCUGUUUCUGCUCUUUCACAAGCCAACUAGCCGCCUCCACGUCCGCCAUCAUGUCCUUGGCCGAUGCAAAAGUCCUUUCGAUAACGCCACUGUCCAACGACGAGUCGCGAUGGGUGUCUCUCCAUAGCAUCACGUACAAGGACCCCAAGGGCACCGAGCGAACCUGGGAAUCCGCUGAACGACGCACUCGUCCCGCCGGCGCAGACAUCGAUGGCGUUGGAAUCGUCGCCAUCCUCGACAAGCCCACGGGCAAGGAGAUUAUCCUGCAGAAGCAGUACCGCCCACCCGUCGACAAGGUCGUCAUCGAGGUCCCCGCCGGCCUCAUCGACGCGGGCGAAACCCCCGAACAGGCCGCCGUGCGCGAGCUCAAGGAAGAGACGGGCUACGUCGGCGUGGUGUCCGAGACGACGCCCAUCAUGUACAACGACCCGGGCUUCUGCAACACGAACCUGCGCAUGGUGCACGUCACCAUCGACAUGUCAUUGCCGGAGAACCAAGACUUGAAGCCGGAGCUGGAGGAAAACGAGUUCAUCGAGGUCUUUACCGUUCCGUUGGCGAACCUAUGGGAGGAGUGCAAGAAGCUGGAGGCGGAAGGCUAUGCGAUUGACGCGCGAGUCGGCACCUUCGCCGAGGGCAUCCUGCUGGCACAGAGAUUAAAGCUAUGAUGAUAGAGUCUGGUCCGGAG